GCCGCCGCCGCCGCCCGUGAGGGAGCGCGGAGCCGCCGCCGCCGCCGCCGCCACCGAGGAGCCAUGCUCAGCGUUGGACACGCUCUAUGAGACAUCCCAGCUUCAGCAACCCACAGCGUCCGUGUGCUGGUCAGUGAUUUGGAGCAGGACAGUUUGUUACCGAGCUGACUAAGCGGAGGAAGCUCUUGCUGUCCUAGCACCACCAGGCCAGACAAUCCUUCCCUUGGCUGAAGAUCCCGUUGGAUCUCUUCCCAUAAUGGAAGCGUGAGCGCCAAGAUCCUCCAUGACCUCCAGAAGCCACAACUCCUUACCGAGAACUCUGAUGGCUCCGCGAAUGCUUUCCGAAGGUGCCCUCGGGGGCAUCGCCCAAAUCACCCCCUCGCUGUACCUGAGCCGGGGCAGCGUCGCCUCCAACCGGCACCUGCUCCUCUCCCGGGGAAUCACCUGCAUAAUCAAUGCGACCAUCGAGAUUCCCAAUUUUAACUGGCCCCAGUUUGAAUACGUGAAAGUGCCUUUGGCUGACAUGCCCAACGCCCCCAUCUCCCUGUACUUCGACAGCGUCGCCGACAAGAUAAACAGCGUGGCGCGGAAGCACGGGGCCACCUUAGUCCAUUGUGCCGCCGGCGUGAGCAGGUCGGCCACCCUCUGCAUCGCCUACCUGAUGAAGUACCACAAGGUGUCCCUCUUCGAGGCAUACAACUGGGUCAAAUCGAGACGCCCCGUUAUACGCCCCAACGUGGGCUUCUGGAGGCAACUGAUAGACUACGAGAGGAAGCUCUUUGGGAAGACGACGGUUAAAAUGGUACAGACACCAUAUGGCAUCAUCCCAGACGUUUAUGAGAGAGAGAGGAGACCCCUGAUGCCUUACUGGGGAAUUUAAUGACUGCAGACAGGAAGCACAACAGAAGGGACUCGCUGUUCUGAGUCGACCAGACUGGAGACAUUCCCUUCUCCUUCUACAGCCAACUUUGGUUCUUUACCAUACAGCAGAACCUCAACUAAUUCUCACCUCACUAACCUGCAAGGCCAACGAUUCCCUUCAAAGCAUUUCUCUCUACAGGGAUUCCCCCAUCCGCAUUUCUCUGAUUUAGCAGAAUGAGGUCUCCUUAUAAGUUUAUUCCUUUCAUAAAGCCUCCCUCCCUUUUUUAGUCAGUUUAUUAGUAUCCUACGAGGAAAGGCCUAAAAGGCGUUUGGCAGAGUUAAUGAACAAAGUGCACUUUGUGAUGCGGUAGCCUGGAUAUUUCGUUAAUAGCUUGUUUGCUUCCUUGCAAAAUCCUGUAGUGGCUAGGGAGCGGCACUAGCACAGAACGAGCGAGGUCCUACUCUACGGCAGUGGGUUUUUCCGAGAGCCAGGAAGGCAGGCGUGCAGGGUUGUGGUGCUAGUGCUGGUGUUUUCUUUAACAUCCGUAGUGACUCUCAGUAUAUAGUGUUUGAGAUCUUUAGUCAGCUCUUAAUCUGUAUUAAAAGUUUAAAAAAAAAAAAAAAAAAGUGAAGUCAGUCCAUGUCGGCCACAAGUAAAAUAAAAUUUGAAUGAUUCAAAUCAAAUACAAGAUCCUUUUUCACUCAUUCCAUGCCAGGGCAAUAGCCCUGGAACACACUUACACUCCUGAAAAAUGCCGGUGUGUUUUGUGGCUGGCAAGUAAACAGAGAUCUUGUCCAAACGUGGCUCAAGACAGAAGCGAGAGGUUAACCCUCCCCGCACUGGACAGCCAAAGAAAUGUUUAGGAAACUCUGUGCAUGGCCACCUUCCAAAGGGGCUGGGCUGUGUUUUCUAAUAUUCAAUCAACCAGUAAAUUGGAAGUAGGUAAAUCCGCUUGAUUACUUAGCUCUAAGUAUGGUUGUGAUCUGCCUUAGCCCAUUUCUAAAUCAGUUCAUUAUGUCCUCAAGGUUAUGCUGCAUUCUAGAAUUAUUCUGCGCAAAAUGGCGAUCUGUUCAACCUCCCGGACAAGGAUGGCUUUACGGAGAAGGCUUUGCCUUGUUCUGCGUGUGACGAGAACGAUUCCAACCCGAGACGUGGGCGAAGCCUUUCCGUGGCGUAGCCACUGCCUCCUGGACGUCGCUCCCCUCCCUGCAGAUGGGAAGGGACUGGUUUUGUUGAAGCGUAACUGGAUCACCAGGAGAGCGAGGCAAGUCCGUUCCUCGAUGUGACAUUUGUGUCCUCUGUUGCAUCUCUGAAGGAGGAAUACGCAGAUUGCUGGAUGCUGAGAUAGCUAUCUGAUUUAAAUGAGAUUCUAUACUUGUAAAAAAAAAAAAUCAAUAAAGAUUAAACAAAAACAUGUGUUGGU